AUGGCUGACGGUAAACGGCCCUUGGGCCUUCUCUUCGACAUUGGUGGAGUCUGCGUUGUAUCGCCAAUGCAAGCCAUUUUAGACUACGAGCUCGCCAACAACAUCCCCCCAGGAUGGGUGAACUUCAGCAUCUCUCGGACCAAGCCUCACGGGAGUUGGCACAAACUGGAACGGGGCGAUAUCAAAAUGGACGCCGAUUUCUUUGCCGGCUUCAACAGCGAUUUGCGGAUUCCCGAGCUGUGGCAACAGUUUCACGAGCGACUCCAGAAGAAACAGGCACCGGGUGCUGUAACCUCCACCCCCGCGCUGCCGCAAGUGGAUGCGGAAUGGCUCUUCUGGGAGAUGAUGCGGGUAUCGCGGACCCCGGACGCUUAUAUGGCUCCGGCGUUGAAAAAACUGAGAGCGUCGGGGCAAUUUGUUCUUGGAGCGUUGUCAAACACGGUUAUCUUCCCUGAGGGACAUCCGUUCAACUCGGACUCGAACGGAGUCAAGUCGCAAUUCGACUUCUUCAUCUCGUCGGCACAUACUGGCCUGAGGAAACCGGAGCCGAAGAUCUACGAGGUCGCCAUAAAAGAGAUGGAUACGUUGGCGAAGAAGAAAGGGUGGAAGGGCAUCGCCCCGUCCGACAUCGUCUUCCUCGAUGAUAUUGGAGAAAACCUCAAAGGUGCCAAGAAGGCUGGAAUGAGAACGAUCAAGGUGAAUCUUGGACGAACGCAAGAUGCAGUCAAAGAAUUAGAGGCGAUCACUGGCCUGUCUUUGCUGGAGGAUCCAGGCAAGGCCAGGCUCGGGAUGCAGCCACAGGCUAAGCGAAAGGCUUCCACAAAGUCGGCCCACGAAAUUUCCCACUUCUUUCUCUCCAGCCAACGUCGACAACUCAGUCAUCAACCUACGGCAACCGUCAAGAUGGCCUUCCACAAGCUUGUCAAGAGCAGCGCUUACUACAGCCGCUACCAGACCAAGUACCGCCGUCGCCGUGAGGGAAAGACUGAUUACUACGCCCGUAAGCGUCUGAUCACCCAGGCCAAGAACAAGUACAACACCCCCAAGUACCGCCUGGUGGUCCGCUUCACCAACCGCGACAUCAUCACCCAGGUCGUCUACUCUGAGAUCUCCGGUGACAAGGUCCUCGCCGCCGCCUACUCCCACGAGCUCAAGGCCUAUGGCAUCAAGAACGGUCUGACCAACUGGGCUGCCGCCUACGCCACCGGCCUGCUCCUUGCCCGCCGUACCCUGAAGAAGCUCGGCCUUGACGAGCAGUUCGCCGGUGUUGAGGAGGCUGAUGGCGAGUACACCGUCACCGAGGCCGCCGAGACCGACGAUGGCACCCGCCGUCCCUUCAAGGUUUUCCUUGAUGUCGGUCUUGCCCGUACCUCCACCGGUGCCCGUGUCUUCGCCGCCAUGAAGGGUGCCUCCGACGGUGGUGUCUUCGUGCCCCACUCCGAGAGCCGCUUCCCCGGUUACGACCAGGAGGCUGAGGAGCUCGACGUCGAUACCCUCCGCCAGUACAUCUACGGUGGCCACAUCGCCGAGUACAUGGAGGGCCUUGCCGACGAUGAUGAGGAGCGCUACAACAGCCAGUUCGGCAAGUACGUCGAGAACGGCGUUGAGGCUGGCGAGAUCGAGGAGCUCUACACCAACGCUCACGCCGCCAUCCGUGAGGACCCCUUCAAGAAGGUUGAGGGUGCCGGUCCCAAGAAGACCAAGGAGGAGUGGAAGGCCGAGAGCAAGAAGAACCGUGCCUACAAGCUGUCCCACGCCGAGCGCAAGGCUCGCGUUGAGAACAAGAUCCGUGAGCUUGCUGCUUAAAUUGGCGUCUUGUCGUUCUUGUUGCAUAAUUGAGUGCGAUAGUCAACCAAAAAAAGUUCACCUUCUCACAAACCAAGUUUACAUAUACCAGGGGCAAUUCUAUGGUGCCAAAAUGGCGUUUUUCUUCGGAGGGAUAUUUUGUAGCCUCGUUCAUGAUCGAUUAUGACCACGUUUUUAUUCAAUUCUAUCAGGGAGCAAUUCAAUAGUAAACCAAAGCUUUCACAUAGAUGAUUC